GGUAUUCUAAGUCUCUGGUUCGGUCCCGACUCUUCAUCUUCGACGUCUUCCGGUCUUCGUUUCCUUUGUUCCGUUCGUCGUCGCCGCCCAAAGGCCGGAGCCCUAACCUCGUUGUCGUCGCCCACUGGACAAGCACCACGGUCUCUGCCUCUCUACGAUCUAAAGCCCCAGAAUAGGUGCUCAAUUCCAGUCACCGCACCUGUCCUGCCACUCGCCAGCCCCUCCCCUCACCCUCCGCCGCCUCAUCCAUCUCUGAUCCUCCACCUCCUCCUCCUCUUCCGCCGCCGCCGACGAGAUAUCCUCCACCGAUCCCCUCCCCGCUCUCCGCGACCUCGCCGCCUUCUUCUCGGACCCCGCCGUCGAGGAUCCCGAGAAGAACCACCUCCUUGCCGCGGGAGGCCUCGCGGAGAUCUCGAGGCGAUCCAUCCCAUCUUCGAUCUCGUUUUCCCUUCCUCCUAUCGCCGAUCUCGAUGUCCAACGCUCCCGGCCUCGUUUCUCCAUCCGCCCCCUGCUUCCGGGGGAGAGAUCUGGCGCCUUCGGGCCUCUUCCGAUCAGGUCUCUUCUUGACGGCGAGGAAUGCGAAGAGGGCGCCACUACCACUUCCAAGCCUCGUCUUCCAAGAUCACCCAGAGGCUUCACAUUGCAAAGACUUACACAUUGAUGGUGAAAAAGAGGAGGCUUCACAGCAUGAUCAAGAAAGAGCUGUUGAGAAUGCGGAUACGUUCUUCAGUACGGAAUAUCUUGAUGACAGUUUUCAACAUGGGCCAACUACUGUAUCCUGUCAGGAUGGACCUCAUGCCGCUCAGAGUGAUGGUAAUUUCCAGGCCAUCCCUGAGAAACCAGCAGAAGAGAUAAUGAUGAUGUCUUUUGGCAUGGAAUCACUUGAUGACAUUUCUUUCUCACCCAGUGCUGCUGCUGUAAAACAAGUAGGCAAGUUUCAGCCUAAGCUUGCAUCACGACCAAAAGGGGGAAAAGCUAAAUCAGUAUCUUUUGCUCUUCCUAAUGCUUCUGAAACUACUGCUCCUUCUGUGGAGACCUGUUCUGAGGGCAACUUCACAAGAACAGAUCCUCCUGUAGGAGAUGUGAUAAAUGAUGGAUAUUUGGAUAACCAUCAACAGUCAUCUUCUGUAAACUAUGAUUUCAAUGGAGAUUUCCAAAUGGAUGAUGGGAAGUUGGAAGAAGAGGACAUAUCGGAGUCUUCAGGCCUUGAAUCUUUCAACACACUUCUUUCUCUGCCAAUUUCAACUGCAGCUCGAUCUGUAGGUAAAUUCCAACCAAAGCCUAGUGCCAGAACAGAGAAUGUGAAAUCUAAUGCUUCUGCAGUUCAAACUGGUGCCAUGGAGUGUGUGCAGUGUGAAUGUGAUUCACUUCCUCCAGAGGCUGAGUCCUUGGAGGUUCAUGCUUCUGGCUUUCCAGCAGAUUCCCUUGUUGAUUCUGCAAUGCCCAUGCCAUCUGAGUUGGCCCAAGAACAGGCAGAACUUUUCGAGGCAUGUACACUUGAAGCUGCAACUUUAGGGGGCAGGAAGACCACACAAACUAUUGAAAUAUCGUCAGAAAGAGAUAAUCAUGUUAGUGGAGAAAGAGAACCUACAGAAUUAUUGCAGGAUAUCUGUGUUGAGGCCCAUUCCCCAAAUGUGGAAGAACUUACUCAGCUGAUCCAGGAAGAAAAACAUAAUUCAGAAACUGUUGAAGAUAUUGCAGCUAGUAAAUCAUCAAGGAAAUUGAGAAAGCAAAUCUACAUGCACGGCACUGGCAAACCAGAAGGUGGAACGGAUGAGGACCAAAGUGAUGAUGAAUAUAGGGGUGAGGAUGUGCCCAGGAAGAAGAGGGUGCCAAAAAAAUCAAAGGGGAACAUGACUGAAAAAAAGAAACCAGGAAAGAAGCGCAAAAGAGCUUCUGGAAAACCUGAUUCCAUUUCAGAGGAAUUACCAAAAAAGAGGUUUCCUCAUGGAACACGGCAGAAGAGACGGCAAGUGAACAAGGUUUUGCUGGAAACACCCGAGGAUGAGAUUGACCGCAGGCAGCUUAGAAUAAAAGAUCUAAUAAUGCUUGCAGAGGCUAAGGAGAGAAUAUCAAGUAAAGAAGCAGCAACACUUGGGAAAUCCUUUCCAAAUCAAAGUACUGGUUCCUUUCCCAGCAGAACCCAUCUUGAUGAAGGCAAUCUUUUUGGAGAGGAGGAAGAACAAAACCUUGAUGGCGAAGGAAAUCAUAACAUUCAACCAAAUUCUACAAAAUUGAAUUACCAUUCCUACAUGAAUAGGCCGCAAUCAGUGAGGUGGUCAAAAGCAGAUACAGAGCUGUUUUACCAGGCUAUUCGCCAAUUUGGAACAGAUUUUGCAAUGAUACAACAACUAUUCCCUAAUCGUACACGCCACCAAGUGAAACUGAAGUUUAAGAAUGAAGAGCGCAAGCAUCCUUUGCAAGUUCAUGAUGCUUUAGUCCAUCGCUCCAAAG